AUGCAAUCCCUCUCCCUCCUUCAUGUAGCAACAUUGGCCAUGGAGAAAUUUCACCACCUUUCCCCACUUGGACUUGUGUUGCUAUGCUUUCUUUCAGCUUCCUUCGCCGUGUUCCCGAGCAAUAUUACCACUGAUAAGUCAUCUCUUCUUGCCUUGAGGGCUCACAUUUCAGUUGACCCUCUACAAAUCUUGGCCAAAAACUGGUCAGUCGGCUCUUCAGUCUGUGAAUGGAUUGGAGUCAUUUGCGGGUCUCGUCAUCAUAGAGUGACUGCCCUGAAUAUUGCUAACUUGGGUCUUGUCGGCAUCAUCCCUCCACAACUGGGAAAUCUAUCAUUUCUUGUUUCUCUUGACAUGAGUGCGAACAACUUCCAUGGAGAACUACCACAUGAGUUUGUUGGAUUGCGCCGAUUAAAACUCUUUAAUUUGAGUGUCAACAAUCUCGAAGGAGAGUUACCCUGGUGGAUUGGUUCAUUUCCUCAACUUCUUCGCUUGUCUCUCAGUAACAAUAGUUUCAUUGGUCUUAUCCCUUCUUCCAUCUCUAACAUGUCAAAGCUAGAGGAGAUAAGUCUUUCGUACAACCUUCUGCAAGGAAACAUUCCCACGGGGAUUUUCAAUAUUUCCUCCCUGCAGUUGAUGCGCCUAACGGGUAAUGGCCUAUCAGGAACUAUUCCAAGUGAUAUGUGUCACCAUCUUCGAGGGCUAAGUUUGCUUGCCCUGUCACAGAAUAAGCUGAAUGGUCAAUUACCUUCAAGUUUAGGUCUCUCUCUCUCUUGCUCAUGA